UGGAGCCGGUCUGGACCGCGUGUGCCAGUGUGCGUCUGAAGCUUGACUCGAGUGGAGCAGUAUUGAGUUGAGAUGUGCUGAGAGCGCUAGUGGGGAGAGCGGGCCUAUAGAAUCAACAGUUUGUACGGAGUCACAUGCAUCUCGUCGACAGUUUCAUUGAUACUGUUGAGCGGUUUGGAUGUCAGUGACCCUGAAGCGUGGCGCGUGUACACCCAAACAUGGGGAAAACUGGAUCACACGUGCUGAUAGACCAGCAGGAGGAAGCGAAAGGUAGAGCCAAGUUACGGCAGGAACGGAAAGCACUUGAGACGUAUUUCGAGAAACAGUUCAAGGCCACCAUCGGCAUUCUCCCGCCGACCGGUGAUAGUUUGGCGCAGUUCGAGCAACUGCUGCAAGAUGUACAGCUAACACGCCUGGAAGAACUGGUCGAAAUGAUGAAGCUGUGGGACGCUCCGAAAACGAUACCGGAACCGAAAAGCUUCCUGCACUACGCACACCUUCAACCGCUGCUGGUACAGAUGCUUGAGGAUAUCGCGCAGUAUCGCGAGUACUUGGAACGAUUUAUUGUGCGCUUCCAGGCCGAGAAUGAGUGUACUGCUCCGAAACACAAUCCACAAUCAAAGCCAGACGCCGUGAAACCAAGCUCCCCAAUACACUAUGCCGUGUUUCAGCGGAACGGCACCUUUCUCGAGUGGCUGCUCGAGCGUCCCGGCACGGACGUGAACCUGCGCAACAGCUUCAAGCAAACGGCACUGACGCUGCUGUGCGAAAGCUACGAUCAGUGUAUGCGGAAAGCGAUGCGAGCCUGUCCGCCCGGUUGGUUGGCGGAGAUACGCACGCUCAUCCUGCGGUUGCUGGCGGCCGGCGCUGACUUUAACAUCUGUAGCAGUCACAUGAAGCUGCCGUUCGAGCUGCUGCUGAAGCAUUGCGAGCACGAUGAAACGCGCACGUUCGUUGAACAGUGCGUGGAGCUAGCGCCCGGUGCGUUGGCCAUUUGCAGUAUUAACGAUCAGAACGAGCGUGUGGUUGGGUUUUACAAUAACAAUACGAAUGUGGUGGUGACGGUAGAGUUGCUGGAGAUCUUUCUACGCUACAACGAUCGCACCAACUUCUCCAAGUACGUGACGCGGUUCGAAAUUAAUGGAGCUAAUGUAAAGAAAGUGAUACGGCUGCUGCUGCAUACGGCCUGCGACCAGAAGCUACCGGACUGUGUGCGACUGAUUAUGGAUCGUGGUGAGCAGCAGAUGUUGAAGUUGGUCCAGCGGACCAAGACAACGCGAACGGGAGGACUGCCGGUCGCAGGACCCGGUAUGAGCAAUGUCACGCUGAACCGAGGUUACAGCCGCGAGGAGAGUACCUCGGAGGUGCAGAAAAGCUACGAACUCGAGCAUCGAGUCGAGCUGAAAGGCUUGCUGAAGAAGGUCUGCCUAAUGGCGGAUCUGCCCAUGCUCCAACGACUGCUGACAAAAAUCUCCGACGUGAUCGUACUGAACGAUGAUCCACUGUUGGUGGUAACGCUGAAGAAAGCGUACGAUUACAGGCAACGCGUUGAGGAACGGAAUGCUCUGCUCGCCUGUGCCGAGUACCUUGCCACUCAGGAAACGAUCUACAUGUCCAAGAAGGAUGACUCGGGCAAUACCUCACUCCAUCUGGCGCUCAAGUUUGGGUUCGAUUCGGUAGCGCUCGCCCUGUUGCGCCAACGGUACACCUAUCUCGGGAUGUGCAACAAUGACAACCUGACACCGCUCGACUACGGUACGUACGGGUUCUGGCGCAGCUAUCUCGACCAAUGCAUCGAGGUAGACUCCAAGCGCUCGAUACCGGACCGUAACGAGAUACGGUUCAAUCUGAACGGGUUCUACUCACCACUGCAAGAUAAAGCGGCACUAGCAGCGGGCACACCAACCGCCGAUGGUGCUGUCCCGACGAGCCGAUCGAGACAUAGGCAUCACAGCUGGAAGAUGGUACAGCGGGUAGAUAAGGCGCACACGCAACCGCACAAGUUUACGAGCACCAUCACCGAAAUGACAACGCUGCGGCAGAUCGCACAAUCGAAGGAACUUAAACGGCUGCUCGUGCAUCCCGUCCUGUACACGUUCAUCAUGGUCAAGUGGACGCGUUUGUGCCAUUGGAACUAUCUGAACCUACUGCUAACAGCACUGACCAUCAUUUUCUUCGGCAACUACUCCCUGACGGCUUGUUCGGCUGCCGGUCCCAGCACGGUGUUUUGGAUGUUGAGCAUCUUCGGGGUGGUGUUUGUGGUGAUUCGCGAGCUACUACAGCUACUGUUCCUACGCCGAUCGUACCUGUCCUUUGACAAUGUGCUGGACAUCGUGAAUGCGGUAGCGAUGGCUGUGGUGCUUGGGAUCGGCUGUCACGGACUGAUGUCUUCGUUCGUCAUCAUUAGCUUUGCGCUGCAGCUAACGUUUCUGCUUGGAUCGCUCCAAUCGAACAGUCUCGCCACGAUGAUGUACAUGUUUAAGACGGUGUCGAAGAACUUCAUCAAGAGCUUCCUGUUGUUUAUGCCACUGAUCGGUGCGUUUAUCUACGCGUUCCAUCUCACGUACAACCAGACGCCUGAGGAGCAGCAGGCGGUGUGCGAGAAGGACGACUGUUCCGAGGAAAACUUCAAUAACUUCCGUACGUUUUGGAACGCUACCGUGAAGACGCUGGUAAUGACGACAGGGGAGUUUGAGGCGGCGGCUAUCGAUUUCGAAGGUGGCAAGAUGCUGCUGUUUAUACUGUUCAUAUUCGUCGCACCGAUUGUGAUACUCAACUUGAUCAACGGUCUGGCGGUUAGUGAUAUUGCUGCGAUCCGGGAGGAAUCGGAGCUGAUCAGUAUUAGUAAGAAGGUGAUGCUGCUAGAGCAGUACGAGCGAGGCGUCGCGAAUGUGUAUCCGAGCUGGUUGGGCCGUUACUUUCCGAAUCCGUUCUUCUCCGACUACCAGUGCCGGAUACACGUAAAGACGAAGGAAUAUCGGAAGAUAGUAGUGCACGCUAAGAUAAAGAAGAAACCUCAACCGAAAGGUAACGCACCAGGUGCUGCUCCUAACAACGUACUCGCCGGGGUCAAGAGUCGGCUGCACGGAUCGUCACAAUGCUCCGUCCAGAUUACACCAGCGGGAAAUGCUGCCAAGCAGAGGUCGGUAGAGAAACCGCUCGCCAAGUUCCCGUGGCUGCCUACGGGUGACUCGUGCAAUUACAUACUAGACGUCCGCAUCUUCCGGCUUGCACUGUUCAUGCGCCUGGACCAAUCGAUCGUAGACGAAGCGUUGGCGAUUAUCGAGAAGCAGCAAGCAAUCGCUUCAGUCGUCGCCACGAAGAGCAUCCCCACCACCGGGUCAUCUUCAACGCCACCGAGCAGCAUCGUUGCUGCCACCGGUCGCCAGCAGCGCACUAUUAGCCCGCGACCUGCGAAAAAGAAGCGCAGCGGCAGUGACACAGUCUCGGAAGAUGACAUUCCGCGCGAACUUUCCGAGGUGAAGCGUCAGCUGAAAGCGGUGGUGGAGCUACUGCGCCGCAAGGAGCAGCAGGAAAAGGGCCGCGGUAAACAGCUUGCCCGCGAUAAGGCGUUAAAGCGCAGGGCUAGGAAGCGUACGCGAAAGGGUUUAAAGAAGGCAAUAACCGACCAGCAGAUGGGUGAUCAGUAGAUAAGACCAGUGCGCGUUUAAGAUAGUUUCGUUUAGGUCGAUAAGAUAAGGGCGCGGCUAGUGGCUAGCGGGUACCUACCUUACUAGCAAACAAUUAGCUACAGUAGAGGACGCGAGUAGGGUGAGAUAUCGGUCACGAUUGUUUGCGUUGCGUGUUACAGCUUCACACAACAACCUGAGCUGUGUGCAGUUUUAUUGCAACGCUCACUCUCUCCCAACAUCCUCUAGUUCCAGCAGACGUUCAACGCGACAAGUGAUUGGUGUAUGCAUCGUGGUGUUACUCUUAUCUCGUCUCGGCUGGUGCGCUAGUUGCUCAGUUUUAUUCAGCCCGUCCGCUUACACCAGACCCGUCAAGUGCCAGAUUCGUCCAUGUUAUUAUUAAACAACUGUUCACACUGAAGCUGGUGUGAAAAUAAUUCUACAUCGAAGAAAGAAGGGCACAAAAAAUGGAACAGGGAAAAGUCAAAAAUCCAAUUCGAACAACGUGCUCUGUCAACCUGUUAAAAUUAUGCCCGCGCGUCAAAGAGCGGCUGAUGAAAAUGUACAAUCAUAUAAUGAUCUGAUUUGGGUUAGCCGUCUACACCGGGGGACGGGGGUUCGGGAAUCUGGAUAGGGGUCCGGACUAUGGUAAGUAAGGGGAUGUUGUUGUUUUUUUCUUCACUCUCUCUCUCCUCUAUACAGGGUUAUCACCUCCUGCUUUGUUGGGACGAAUUUGUGCAAUUUUCAACCAGAACCAAGGGGGUUGAGGGCCGGAAGAGAGCAGGUAUAGGGAGACAUCCGAGACAAAAAAAGACUUCCCCCUUUUUUGCGUACUCUUUGGCGGGUUCUUUUUUCUCCUGGAACUUGGAAUCGUUUCACUUAGACAGGUUUUUUUGCUGUUGCUGCUGCUGCUGCUGUGUCCUCGGAAUAUCUGGACGUCUUUUUAGGGUGCACGCAACACUCACUGCGCUCAACUAUUAGCAUGCAAAUCUAUGCAAAUUAUGUUUAUAAUAGUGUCAAUAAAUUGUGAAAAUUCGUAAAUUAUAA